GGCUCAGCGUGGCGCAUGACCAUGACGACAACCGUCACGGCAAUGCCACCGGCUCCAGAGUGCUUGACUGAGCCUUCGAGGAGGACAGAGGAGGACCGCGAACUGGGGGAUGGGCUUGAGCGCCAGGCGCCUUCCACGCCAGGCUCCUCCGGAACAGAAGACGUGUCCGAGGACGUGAAGUUGCCUUCCGUCGGCUCCGCGCGGCACGGUGGCAGCUGCUUGCCCUGCGCCUGGUUCUGGAAGCCUCAGGGUUGCCUCAACGGUGAUGCCUGCUUGCGGUGUCACUUGUGCCCGGCGGGUGAGUUGAAGCGUCGCAAGGGUGAACAGAAGGCGAAGCGCGCCUUAGCGAAGGAGGCGGAGGUUAAGGUCUCCGUGGAACCCGAGUUGCCUUCGGUGGGUUCCAAGCUCCAUGCCGCAGGUCAAUGCAAGCCUUGCGCUUGGUUUUGGAAGGCUGAUGGCUGCAGAAAUGGCGCCAGCUGCGGGCAUUGCCACAUGUGUCCAGCAGGAGAAGCCAAAGCCAGGAAGCAGGCCAAGGUGGCGGCCAUCCGUGCCAAAGGAAGCGUCACCGGCGGCACAGGUGAGACGGAGGCUGAGCCAGUGAUGCAGCCGGUCCAGGUGAUGCCAGCCCCAGUGGUGUACCAGGCCAUGGUUCCUCAGUACCCCACUCUUUUGACUCCUUGGCGCCAGGCUGGCGCUUGCCCAGGCUGUGUUUGCUGCACCAACUGCGUACCCCACACCGUCCCACGCGCCCCGUGCGUCGCCUACUUCCAAGUCCCGCCCACAGCUCCAGUGACCAGCAACUGCGAGGCAGGCGACAGGCGCACCUUGCAGGAGCUUCAAAGCCCUGUGUGGGCAGUGACACCAGUGACUUCCCUGCCCAAGGUGGCUCCUUCCUUACCCUCCAAGGGGAGCGCCUUGCAUGCAGAUGGGCGUUGCUCCCCAUGCGCCUGGUUCUGGAAGCCCCAGGGAUGUCACCACGGCGAGGAGUGCGGACGCUGUCACUUGUGUCCAGCCUCUGAGAUCAAGGUCCGGCGAAAGGCCAAAGCAAUGGCGAAAGAUGCGAUGAGGGCAGAGCAAUCGACCGCCGAAACACUAAUCCUCGACUGAGCCUGACAUGGGCGAACCCGCUGUGUCUGCUUUGCUAGUUUAGCCACUGGCCGGGGCCGCGACUGGUAUGGUUGUUCAAUG